CACGCCGCCGCGGCGGGGGAUCACGGGCUUCCUUGGAGACCUGAAGGCUGUUGUACAACAGGAAGGCCGCGUGACGGCGACAGCGCUGGCGGCGGCGGCGACUGCCGCCGCGACCGCCGCCGCCGCCGCGCUGGUGCCGUACGGUGACGUCAACAAUCCCGCCGGCUUUGCCGCCGCCAGGCAUGGGGGUCGUGAUGGGUGUGCCGGUGUUACCCGGCCAGCGGCGGGGGGAUGCCCACGGGGCUGUGGCGGAGGGCGUGUGUGUUUCGACGCCGCUUCCGCCAGUGCUCUUCCCGCCGGCUACCGCGCCGCUGCCGUUGUCAUCGUCGGGGGCGGCGCCACCGUCGCUUCCACAACCUCCACCGCUGCUCUCACAUACGCUGUCCUUGAAGGCUCGGCCCGAGUUGGCGGCGGCGGCGGCGCAGCAGGGGCUGGGGCUACAUCCCGGGCUGCCGCUGCGUCAGGCGUCACAGGUUCAGAGGGCGGACCAGGUGUCUCCUCGACGGUUGCAGCCGCCGCAGCAAACGGCGCCUCAGCAGCAGCAGCAGCAGCAGCAGUCGAAACCAGACGCAGAGCCCGAAGCAGCAGGAGCAGCUGCCCCGGCGUCAGGUGAAGGCGCCUCGUCUGCUUCGGCUGCGUACGAGUUCCAUGAGCUGGUGGUUCCGGGGCGAGUGUACAUGAUUGAGAGGAGAGGUGCGGACGCCACCGCGACGUUCCGGCUGCUGCGAGACGUCAGCCGCACGCAGCUGGGCCGCAUGCUGCUGAAACGCAGCAUGCUCCGAGACCACCUGCUGGGGCACUACAUCGCCGCGUUGGAACGGGUCACUCAGCAGCAGCAGCAGCAGCAACACUAGCAGUGUAGGGACCGUUUGAGCACACAUGCUAAAAACUAGUAGCUACAGUGAACGGUGCAGGCAGCGGCGCGUGCCUUGGAUAGCCGUACUUGGGCAGGACUGUCGGUGUGAGGAGUGAUCAGGAUUGUUUCUCUCAAUACCACGACUGCUUUUUUGGGGCCCAGCGCGCGCAGUCGUGAUGUGUGUAUUGAUGUGAUGUAUGAGCUAUUCGCGUGAGCACUAAUGGGUGACCGUUUAAUACCCGCCGUAAAGUGCGGGACUGUUACCGUACCCUGCGUUUCAUGACGAGCCAAGCAAUGGCAACAGAACACAUGCUGUGUGACCAGUGUUGGUUUGCUGUCAGGACCGCGACUGCUUUUGACGUACCGCUGGCGUUAGGUGAUAUGAGCAGUGGACAGGGUUGCUUCAGCACUGUAUUUGGUUCUUGCGAUGUGUUUUGCGGCGACUUUACUACGGUUUGCAAUGAACUGACGAACGAAGCGUGUGGCGCAGUGUUGCAUGGGAUAUACGCCAUAUCCUGGUAGCGGGCCUCCCCAACAAACCACCCCUCAACCCCUUCAUUACACGCAAAUGCGCCCCUGGGCACGCUUGCCAGGGCAUACGUCCUUGCAGGCCCAUUUAAAGACAAUAAUAACUCUUGUGCAGUGGUGCAUUGGCACCCUACACCGGUUGGACAAUUGAGUAACACAGUUUGAGCACGCUGUUUCGGCUUCUGAUGGAAGACUACCAGGUAGUCAGUCCAUCAACUAACCUUCUGUAACACCCCUCCUGCGA